AUCAAAACAGGAAAGGCCAAUGAAGUGGCAACGUGUUAGCCCCAGCAAAAGCAACGAGGCAAACACACGUUCUUGAACAUGUUCAAUUACUCCAGGCUUUCUACAUGCCCUCAUUCGCGUCUAUCACCAGGCCAAGGUAGUGAACUGGGAAGAUAUAACGCAUCACAUUCAUCUUUACGUCCUUCCAAUCUAACCUGCGUCAGAUACUUAGUGAAUGAUGGACCCAGACUACACAUAUCACAUCCGUUCCAGAGCAAUUAGCAGCCCUCACCAUCCUAAUUCGCUUUCCCAACUCAGGUGUACCGAAGUAGUAGCUGAGCUACCAGUCUCCCCAUCACCAGCAUCCCGACUACGCUUUCCACGACAUGAAGAUCGGACUUGCCCAUCUGAUUAUAUCAGCGCCCGUCCUGUCCAAUGGAAACGCUUAAAUCCUCACGCGCUGGCAUGCGUCAAGGAGCAGGAGCACUACAUGCAUGACAGACAUGAAAACCCAACAGAGCAAUGGGUGAACGAUCAGAUUCACUUGGCAAGCCGGCCAAACCAUGGGCGCCGCUGGAUGAAGCCCACGGAGACAGAUGAGCUUCGUCAUAGAAUGCGGGACGAAUUCCUAUACGAACAUGAGGUGGAAGCGCAUGGGUGGAUGACGUACGAAGAAGAGAUGAGACGAAGAAUGCGGGAGCGCGAAGAGGAGAAGAACCGCCUGAUACAAAACGAAGUCAGACGAAUCCAAGCCCGCGUUCGCCAACGGAGGGACAGCGAGAGACAUAUUAUUGCUGAAGAGCGAAGGCGGGAAGCCGAGAAGGCUAAGGAAAAGGUGAUGAGGGACCGAGCAAGGCUGGAACGAGCAAUAAUAGACGCUUGGAACGUAUACGAGUUGCGAUGGGUAGCGCUAUCCGCUGCGUAUGACGGGAUCAUUCUAAAAUUCCGUGAUAUCCCAUGGCCACUACUUACUCCUCCGUUGACUCCAAGUGAAAUCACACCAGAGGGAAUCAGAGCAUUCAUUUUAUCGACAGCCCAUUCCCAAGAGCAGUCCCCGAAGGAGAGGAUACGCGCUGCUCUCCUCCGCUGGCACCCAGAUCGAUUCUGUCGAGUGCUAGGGAGAGUGCGAGAAUCGGAGAGGAAUGCUGUCGAAGAAGGCGUAGGGAUUGUGGUUCGAGUUCUCAACGAUCUUCUAACGAAGGACAACAAGGCCUCUCAAGUGGCUAGACGAGGAUCGAUGUUAUGAGUGAACGGAUUGCACGACGCUGGCGGAGUCGCAAAGGUCUACUCCCAUACCUGGACGCAUAUCGCAGUAUUUCCGUGAUUUUGAUUCUAACUACACUGUGUACAAAAGCAAAGGACGUUCAAGUUCCUGUUAAAAAGGUGUUUUUGUCAUAGCAGACUCCGCCAUUAGCCAUUAAUCUG